AUGAAGAGAGGGCGCUUUGUGAAGAACUCAAUAGCUUUUGUAGGCUUGGUGAUUUCUAUUUGUUGCCUUUUGGUGAUUACGGUGUCAGUUCUCCGGCUUCCAGAAGUAUCACUAAGAAAUAACGUAACAGGCUCUUACAGAACCAUCCGGAAUAGGAAGGUUUCCAGGGAUGAAGCAAUUGGGAAAUUUGGUGAGAUGAUGAUUGAAAUGUUGCCAGCAGAUCUUGCUUUUACAGUCUUUGUUCCUUCGGAGAAAGCAUUUGAGCGUGAUCUAAGGCUGCGGGUGAAUGAUAGUUUGGUAGAAGAGAAGAGGAAUGAUACAUAUGCAGUAGUUUCCCGCAUAUUGGGCUUCUCAGCUGUUCCUCGAACUCUUUCUUCAGCUACAAUGCCCUCUGGUAAAGAGGUCUUCUAUGAUUCCUUAUCUGGGUUUACAUUGUACAUUUUAAAAGAUGUAGAUGGAAUGCUGGUGGUUAAUAGAAUUCGAUCGGAAAAGGUAGAUCUCAGGAGAAGGGAGAUUGUUGUACAUAUUAUGGAUGGGGUUAUAAUGGAUGCGGAGUUUGAACAGGCAGUUCAGCCGGAUUACACUGAAUAA